AUUUAUAAUAAUAGAGAUAUGCAAACAAAAGCAGAAUAUGAGGAAUUUGAAAUUUAAUAAUGUUUUGGAUGUCCAGAGGUAAAAAAUCAUAAUUUAGUAUAGUACAAAGUUAAAGUUGCAAAAAAUUAGGAAGGUCAAUAGUUUUUGCUCAAUUUUUUUGACAUUUCUUAAAGAGAUUAACUUUAAAAAUUAUAAAAUAUUAGAAAUUUGGAGCAUCCCUCAAUUCUUAAAAUAAUUCAGAUUAGAGAGGAAGGAAAUUACAAAGUAUUAUUUAAAACUAUACAAGAAAAAAAAUGGAAGUUAAUUAUUGAGAUCAUGUGUUAUUUAUGAAUAUCCAUAAGGAGGAGAAUUGUAUGAAUACAUAUUUUAGACUGGAAAGUUUAAUGAAACAUAAGCCAGAAUAUAUUUUAAAUAAAUUGUUGAGGGUAUAUUUAAUGUUAAAAUUUAAAGGAUUAAUUGAAGUUCAUAAGUUAGGAUAAUUUCAUGGAGAAUUAACAAUAGACAACAUUUUUUUUAGUGAUGCAAAAUAGAUAAAGAUUGGUGAAUUAGGAUAGAGCUAAAUAAGAAAAAAAAAAUACAGUAAAUUUUAAUUACAUACUCAGUUUAUGAAGGUUCAAAAUGGACAGAAAUAAAUAAUAAUCACUAAUAAAGCAAGGAUAUCUUUGCUUUAGGCAUGAUCUUAUAUUCUUUAAUGUUUGGUAAGCCUCCCUUCUCUUUUGUAGAAAAUAAUACAUUCUUUAAUGCCUUAUAAACAUCACCUCAUAAAUUUUGGGAAAAAGUAUAAAAUAAUUUUUAGGAUGUGAUUAUAACAAAUCAUUUUAAGUAUCAAUUAUUUUUAAUUAUAUUAGAGAUCUUAUAUAAGGAAUGUUAACAGAAACUCCAAAUAAUAGAAUGUCUUUGAGUGAAGUUUAUAAGCAUCCAUGGACUUAAAUAAACUCUGAAAUUACAGAAGAGAUGAUUAAAGAGUUUAAUUCAAAGUAAAAUAUGAUACAAUAAUUCCUUAUAAAAAACCGUUUAAAUCGUGAAAUUCGAAAAAGCCAAAUGUUGAUGAAUAAUGAUAAAUAACAACGUAUAAAAUAUAAUACCAUAAUUAGUUCAAAGAGGAAUUGGAAAUUUUUAUAGAUCAAAUGAAAGGGAUACAUCGAUUAUUUAAGAUAAUUAAAUUGAAGGAAAAUAGAUAAAGCAAAUAGCUGUAAUUAUAAGGAUUUAUUCAUUUUAGAUUAAUUUAUUGAAACCUGAUAAUUAUGUAUUUAGUUCAAUAAAUCCAGAAGAAAUCAUGAAUUCAAUAAGAUAAAAUUUAGAGGUAAAACCAUUUAAUUUACAAUUAAUUAAUGGAUUUUAAUAAAAUAACUAAUUUAAAGUAAUAAUAAAUAGAGAUAUAUAGAUAAUGAUAUAAAGUGAAUUAAGGGUUGAAAUAAAAGUUUAAAUAUUACAAUUAGAAACAGAAGAAGAUAUUUUGUGUUUUCACUUUACUAGAUUAAAAGGAGAGUUUUAAAAUUAUCUUGAAACAGUGAAAUAAUUUCAUAAAUUAAUUGAUGAAAACUUAAAAAAAUUUCCAUAACUUAAUGAGUAAAUUAUCUGA